GGAUCCGGCUGUCCUUCCUGCCGCCGGCCCGUCACCGGCCCGCCGGGUUCCGCCUGGCGCCCGCCCCGCCACCCUGGACAGGAGCCUGCCGCCGCCGCGCUCCUCUGCUCUGCAGCCGCAUCACCGGUCGCGGGAGGACCUGCCGGCCCUCGCCCCCGCCACCCCGCCGCGCCAUGAGCGCGCGCCUGCCGCUCUUCCUGCGCCAGCUCCGCCGCCCGCUGCGGCCCCCGGGCCCGCCGCGCCGCUCCCGAGCGCCCUGUCGCGCCAGCAGCGGCAGCGGCGGCUGUGGCGGCGGGAAAGGCCCGCUCGGGCCGCGGCGGCUGCAAGACUCCCAGGCCGGGAGCAGCCGCGGCCCGGGCAGCCUGGCGCCCCCGGCUCGGGGCUCCAUCGUCAGAGAAGUCAUUCAGAAUUCAAAAGAAGUUCUGGGUUUAUUACAAGAAAAAAACCCUACCUUUAAGCCGGUUCUUGCAAUUAUUCAGGCAGGUGGUGAUAACUUGAUGCAGGAAAUCAACCAGAAUUUGGCAGAGGAGGCUGGCCUGAACAUCACUCACAUUUGCCUUCCUCCAGAUAGCGGCGAGGAUGAGAUUAUAGAUGAAAUUUUGAAGAUUAAUGAAGACUCCAGAGUACACGGCCUUGCCCUUCAGAUCUCUGAGAGCUCAUUUAGCAACAAAGUCCUCAAUGCCUUGAAACCAGAAAAAGAUGUGGAUGGAGUGACAGAUAUAAACCUGGGAAAGUUGGUCCGUGGGGAUGCUCAUGAGUGCUUCAUUUCACCUGUGGCCAGAGCUGUAACUGAACUUCUUGAAAAGUCAGGUGUCAACUUAGAUGGAAAGAAGAUCUUGGUAAUAGGAGCUCAUGGGUCUUUCGAAGCUGCCAUACAAUGCCUGUUCCAGAGAAAAGGGUCCAUGACAAUGAGCUCCCAGUGGAAAGCACCUCAGCUUCAGAGCAAGCUUCAAGAGGCGGAUAUUGUGGUCAUAGGCUCGCCCAAGCCAAAAGAGAUUCCCCUUUCUUGGAUACAACCAGGAACUACUGUUCUCAACUGUUCCCAUGACUUCCUAACAGGGAAGCAUGGAUAUGGUUCUCCUGAGACACAGUUUAGUGGUCUCAUUGCAGAGGAGGAUGUGAGUCUCCUUGCUGCAGCUCUGCGGAUUCAGAACAUGGUCAGCAGUGGGAAGAGGUGGCUUCGGGAACAGCAGUACUCGAGGUGGAGACUUCACUGCUUGAAACUUCAGCCUCUCUCCCCUGUACCAAGUGAUAUUGAGAUUUCAAGAGCACAGACUCCAAAAGCUGUGGAUGUUCUUGCCAAGGAGAUAGGAUUGCUUGCAGACGAAAUCGAAAUCUAUGGCAGAAGCAAAGCCAAAGUGCGUUUGUCCCUGCUGGAAAGGUUAAAGGACCAAGCAGAUGGAAAAUACAUCUUAGUUGCUGGGAUCACCCCUACCCCCCUUGGAGAAGGGAAAAGUACAGUUACAAUUGGGCUUGUACAGGCGCUGACCGCUCACCUGAAUAUCAACUCCUUUGCCUGUCUGAGGCAACCUUCUCAAGGACCAACUUUUGGAGUUAAAGGAGGGGCCGCUGGUGGUGGCUAUGCCCAGGUCAUCCCCAUGGAGGAGUUCAACCUUCACCUGACUGGGGACAUUCAUGCCAUCACUGCUGCCAAUAACUUGCUAGCUGCUGCAAUCGACACAAGGAUUUUGCAUGAAAACACUCAAACGGACAAGGCUCUGUAUAAUCGACUGGUUCCUUUAGUGAAUGGCGCUCGAGAGUUUUCAAAAAUUCAACUUGCUCGGCUGAAAAAACUAGGAAUAAAUAAGACAGACCCAAACUCACUGACGGAAGAAGAAAUAAAUAAAUUUGCCCGCCUCUGCAUCGACCCCUCCACCAUCACAUGGCAGCGAGUAUUGGAUACAAAUGACCGAUUUCUGCGAAAAAUAACGAUUGGGCAGGCAAACACAGAGAAGGGAUGUUCCCGGCAGGCGCAGUUUGACAUCGCGGUGGCCAGUGAGAUCAUGGCAGUGCUGGCGCUAACUGACAGCCUUGCGGACAUGAAGGAGCGGCUGGGAAGAAUGGUGGUGGCCAGUGACAAAAAUGGGCAGCCUGUGACAGCAGAGGAUUUGGGGGUGACAGGUGCUUUGACAGUUUUGAUGAAAGAUGCAAUAAAACCAAAUCUGAUGCAGACCCUCGAGGGGACCCCUGUAUUUGUGCAUGCUGGCCCCUUUGCUAACAUCGCCCACGGCAACUCCUCAGUGCUGGCUGACAAAAUUGCCUUGAAACUGGUUGGUGAAGAAGGAUUUGUAGUAACUGAAGCUGGCUUUGGUGCUGAUAUUGGAAUGGAGAAAUUCUUCAACAUCAAGUGUCGCGCUUCUGGCUUGGUGCCCGACGUUGUUGUUCUGGUGGCGACAGUACGAGCCCUGAAGAUGCACGGAGGAGGGCCGAGUGUAGCUGCCGGUGUCCCUCUCAAAAAAGAAUAUACAGAGGAGAACAUCCAGCUGGUGGCAGACGGCUGCUGUAACCUUCAAAAGCAAAUUCAGAUCGCUCAGCUCUUUGGGGUUCCCGUGGUUGUGGCUCUGAAUGUCUUCAAGACUGACACCCGUGCUGAGAUUGACUUAGUGUGUGAGCUGGCGAAGCGGGCUGGCGCCUAUGAUGCGGUCCCCUGCUAUCACUGGUCGAUUGGUGGGAAAGGGUCGGUGGACCUGGCUUGGGCUGUGAGAGAAGCUGCAAGUCAAAGAAGCCGUUUCCAGUUCCUGUACAAUGUUCAGCUUCCAAUCAUAGAAAAGAUAAGAACCAUUGCCCAGGCUGUGUAUGGAGCCAAAGAUAUCGAACUCUCUCCAGAGGCACAAUCCAAAAUAGAUCGUUACACGCAACAGGGUUUUGGAAAUUUACCCAUCUGUAUGGCAAAGACCCACCUUUCCCUGUCUCACCAGCCUGACAAGAAAGGUGUACCCAGGGAUUUCAUUUUACCCAUUAGUGAUGUCCGGGCCAGCAUAGGCGCUGGCUUCAUUUACCCUUUGGUGGGAACGUGCAGUCCUGCCCCUGGAGUGGUGCCUUUGGUUUUCCCUUCUGGAGAGCACCCUUCCCAGAUGAGCACCAUGCCAGGACUGCCAACUCGGCCCUGCUUUUAUGAUAUAGAUCUCGAUACGGAAACAGAGCAAGUGAGAGGCUUAUUCUAAAUGAACAAGGCUUUCACAGGACCCGAUUCAGGCUCCUGAAACACAAACUACUCCUUGCCUUUUCACUGCAGUUGGAGAAGAAAGUGAAUUUAAAAUAUGCUUGUUACGCAAUGCUGGGGAAAUGGUGAAAUAGGCCAAAGAUUUAUGCUUCCUUCAAGAGGAAUUGUGUUUGCAACAGAGUAUAGUGUUCAGUAAAAGGACCUCCACCAAGUUGGAAAGAAACUAAUUUAUUUUCUGUUUCUGCAGAGUUUACAUUAUUUCCCACUGCUUAUACUUUAGAAUGUUUAUUUUAUGAGGGCUAAGGGAUUAAAAGAGUGUGAACUAAAAGGUAACAUUUUCCACUAUGGAGUUUUCUAUUUUGUCUUUGAACUGAAAAUAAACAUAUAUCUAGAAAACUUAA